AGAGAGUAAGAGAGGGAAGGAGAGACAGAAAGAGAGAGAGGAACAACUGAGAGAGUGUGGCUAUCUUCAAAAAAGGGGUGGGAACGCUAAACCUGGAAGCUGAACAUUUUUCCCAAGCCUGUAAACAAGAAUCACAGUUUUGAUCUGCCAAGACCAAGAACCGCCUCAGAAUGGGAGAAGAUGCAGUCCAGGCAGAAAGGAGCAGCAUGGUAAGUGCACAUGAGAGCCAGGAGCUGGUGGUGCCCACCCCAAGCCCCACUCAGUCUUCACCCACCCAUAGACUCUCCCAACUGGGCACUGCCGACAUCAACGCCCCAAGUGGAGAAUCUAACACUCCUGGAGCUCUGGCUGGGGCCACCACAGGCACUCUCACCAGAGAUGGAGCUACAGGGCCGGUGAACGCCAUCACAGUCCUGACCCUUCUAGAUAAGCUGGUAAACAUGCUGGACACGGUGCAAGAGAACCAGCAAAAGAUGGAGAUGAGACAAGUCGAAAUAGAGGGAGCCGUGAGGGGCAUCCAGAAUGAUAUGAUCAAGCUGUCCAAGAGUCACACCUCCACCUCGAACACAGUCAGCAAGCUGCUGGAGAAGAGCCGCAAGGUCAGCGUCCACAUGAAGGAGGUUAAGGACAAGAUGGAUAAGCAGGCCGUCCAGGUGAAGAAAUUGGAGGUCAAUCACACUCACCUGCUCAGGAGGAACAACUUCAAAGUGCUCAUCUUCCAGGAGGAAAAUGAGAUCCCGUCAAGUGUCUUUGUGAAGGAACCUGCGGCAUUACCUGAAGUUGAGGAGGAGGCCCCUGCCAUCAAUGAUAACCGUUCUCAAGAGGAGGGCCUUCACACGAUUGCCCUCUCCUCAGAUGAGGAGCAGGGACCAGAGGAGGAUGAGGAUGACGUUUUGGCCAUUUUAAACCUUGAAGCUGAGUCCAGAGUUGAAAGAUCUCGAACUGAGAAGAUCAAGCGUUCAAGUCUGAAGAAAGUGGACAGCCUGAAGAAAGCUUUCUCCAGACAGAAUAUUGAGAAAAAGAUGAACAAGAUCAGCACCAAGAUUGUGUCACCAGAGCAGCGUGAGAAAAUCAAGAAAAGUCUGACACCAAACCACCAGAAGAACCCUAGUGCCAAGAGUUCUUCCCUCAAGGUCUCUCCUCUCACCUUCAACACCAAGAAGGUUCCAGAGGCUGAGGCUUCAUCUCAACCUGAGAGCUCUCCAAGUGCCGUCGCCUCCAUUGAAUUGGCUCCAAUUGAGAGCCCAACUGAAGACCUGCCCUUCAAAGAGGUUCACUGCCAACUUGCACCUGGACAGGAGGAAGUUAAGGCAGCUGUGGAGGCAAUGGAGAAGGAGGUGCCCAGCAUCCUGAAUGGCACUGCUGAGCCUGAGCUGUCAAUCACAGAGGAUGAAAGUGAGGAGUAUGCCCUUUCUGCGACACUGCCCCAGGGUGCCUCCCAGAUAGAGUUGUCCCAGAAUGCUUUACAUGGAGAGAAUGAAGAGGAAGGUGAUAAGGAAAAAGGAAAUGAAGGCAUGCAGGAUGAAGCAAGCCAUAUAGCAGAAGCUGCAGCUGCCGGACAAGCAGAGGGUGUUGCUCUCGUGCAAGCAUCCUAAUGUCCUGACCUCCAUUCCAGCCUUGACACCCUCCUAAGCUGAGAAAACACUCUUUCCCUUAUCAAUGCCAGCCAUCCCCCCGAAUACCCAGACAUCUACACAGUCUUGGCAGAGUACAGUCCUUGCAGAGUUUUCUGCGUUGUAUCACAAUAUAGGCUAUUCAAAGGCAAAAUUCAUGGACUAUGAUAUAUUUGCUUAGUAGGCCCCUUAAUCCUGUUGUUAGUCCUUAGUCCUUUAAGCAUUUAGUGCUUUUUUUAAGAAGUCAACGUAAAAGCAGUCUUAUCAAUUCAACUUAUCCAGCAGUCUGUAAAUAAACGUUUUACUUGGGAGAACUCACUCAAGCUGAUACUACGCUACAUGAAUCAUAAACUAUAGCUCAGACAGCAUUUAUGUUUUUUGUCCACCCUGUCAUGGUGCUUACCUGUCAGCUAUAAAAGUGGGAUAAGGAAAAUAAAAUGCUUGCGGCCAAAAAAAUCAGCAGGUGCCAAGUGCACUCCAUCUACCCAAAGGGUACAUUUUAGCCAUGGCAUGGUUCUCAGCCCGCAAUUCAUUUCUUCUGGAACAACCUGUGCACAGCUGAAAGUGAUACUGACUAUAUGCAACCUAGAUCAUUUGCAGCAUAAAUGCCCUUUAAUGUGAUUAAUAUAUACAGUAUAUACUGUACAUUAUACAGUACACUGCCAAUGGCAAUGUCUCUGUUUAUCAGAAAUACUGUAUAUAAAGGGUCCAAAAGAAGUUGAAAAGCCAGCUGGAAAGAGUAUUGUACAUAAACUACAAACAUAUCUACAUUGAUGUUUUGUUGUGAAGAAUAAACAAUCAAAUUACCCUUCUUAGUCCUAAGCACACACAACAAAGUGUCAGUGUUCUGUGUUUGGCUUUCUUCAAAUAUUAAAUACUUCUUACAUGGGGGAUCCUGGUCUUCCCUGAGUUCCACAUAUGUCUUGGCCUUAAUCAGAGAGCAUUCCUGCUUUUGAUAUAUGGCUCUUUCUGAGACCAUUUCUCAAGCUUCUGUUGGCAUGGUGUUGGCUGGGGAAGGCCUUGAACAUGCUCUGUGGGGCCAAUCUAGAUUACAGGCAUAUUUCUGGAAGUGAUGAAAGAAACUUUCAGCCAAGAUGGAUGCAAAUUAGCACAAAGAGGUAUGUAGAGUGGUGGAGAUCAGAAAAAGUGAGGAAAAAAUUAUCUCUUUUGACUAUUAAACUGAAUUCAUGUUUUAAACAUUAUAGAGGACCCAGAAUACCCCCACCCUUAUAAUUUUAUAAGUAAUACAUUUAACUAAUAUUUGUGCACACUAUGCCAUUCACUACCACACACACCCUAAUAAAAUGUUGUAAAAGAAAAUCUCUUAUAGAAACAGCACCGACCAUCAAUUGGGUCUGAAAUUUGUAUUUUGUCGACUAUAACAUAUGUCAGAGUAAAUGAGAAUCACUUUUUGUGUUUGUAACGUGAAUUGUGCGUUUUGCACAAUAAAAAUGUUGAGUAAUUUGACCAUAUUUUUGAAUUUCAACAUUCCAGUGCUGAACAAAAACAUAAAAGUGUGUAUCUUUGCUUUGAGUGGUUUUCUCAGAUGUGAAAAGGGAUGAGGUUUUACUUCUUUUGAGUCUUAAAAAAAUAACAAAUGUUUAUUCAUUUUUGCAUAUGCUUGUAAUCCCUAAUCUAUAUUUGCAUAGCUUUUAAAAUGUUAAUUGCACCAGUGACUUCAUAAUACAUAAAAGAGCUAUAUGUUUCUAGGUUAUCAUAUUUUUAGAAGACCUAUGCCAAAGAAAAGGCUCAUCUACAGCAGACACCUCACAAUUUUUCUGUGACACCUGUUUACCAACUUUUUAUUGAAGCAUGCUCUGUUCUUAUAAUGCAAAUAAAUACAAUUUUGAACC